UGAACGGGCUCGUGGGAAGCAGGCAUUCGGCCCCAUGCCUGGUCGCUGGCCCCGCAGGUUCUGCUCGCCUUCCUCCUUUCCCACCUCCAGGCCCUCUUGCUCCUCCCUCGACCGCUCCGCCUCCUCCCUCCGUACUUUCAAGGCGCUCCCUUGGUCGCCUGGCUCCUUCGCCGGAUGCCCGGCGCCGUUAGCAGGGCUGCUUCGCCGUGGAUGUCGCCGAAAGGGCAAGGUAUUUCCUGGAGGAUAACUACCGAUGGGAAGGAUGUUGGACCCCUAAGUAUCAUUUUGGCUCAGGUCAACCUAUUUUUAGAUGCAAAAGAAGGAGGGGUUCUUGGUUACAGUGAGAGUCUGGAGCAACUGCGACCUGUCUCUUCUACCCUGUUCUACUUCCCAGUAAAAGAAAACAAUGAAGUGUGUGAAGGAUCAAUACCUUUGGAUGAGCCACUGCAGAUGGAGUCAAAGACACAAACUCAGCAACAGCUAUAUUAUGGCCUGAGCUCUCCACAGAAUUUUGAUGAGACUCCAGAGAUGCCAGCUCCCUCCUUGACCCUGGUAGCCAAUAUGAGGACCCAGCUACAUAUGGCCUUAGAGAGGAACUCCUGGUUGCAGAAGAGAAUCGAGGAUCUAGAAGAAGAACGGGAUUUCUUGCGCUGCCAACUAGACAAGUUCAUCUCAUCGGCUCGUUUGGAUGCUGACGAUCAUUGUCGCAACAAGCAGGCCUCACGGCGAUCUGAAGUGUCUGACGGCCGGAAUGGGGACAUGACAGAUGAUGACAGCAGAGGAUCCUGGCUCAGUGCCAGUCCUGAGGAAGGCGGCUCCACAGAACACAAGAAGCAGAAAGGAGGUGUCAAUCGGCGACGUUUUGCCAAACCUAAAGUCCGUGAGAGGCAAAGAGUGAAAGAUGUGGAUGGGGUGUUGUGCCGCUACAAGAAGAUCCUAUACACUUUCCAGAAGCUGCAGAGCAUGAGUCGGGCCUUCGAGUACCACCGUGUGGACCGGAACACCGUGGCCCUGACCACACCCAUCGCUGAGCUCCUCAUCGUGGCUCCUGAAAAGAUGGCUGAGGUGGGCGAAUUCGACCCUUCUAAGGAACGCUUGCUGGAGUAUUCCCGCCGGUGCUUCAUGGCACUGGAUGAUGAAACACUCAAGAAGGUUCAGGCCCUCAAAAAGAGCAAACUUCUCCUGCCCAUCACGUACCGCUUCAAGCGGAAAACAGACUCCCCCAGCCCUGCUGCCAGCAACCCUCUCCCCUCACCUGGGAAGCCGCUUUUACCCAUUGCUGAUUGCUACAAGUGAUGGUUUCCUCUUUUUUCCCCCCUGUGGCAGGAGUCCACUUUGCCAGGCCUUUCACCUCCAUCCCUUAUCCAGACCCACCAAGCGCUUGCUGUUGUUUCCCCAGGACUCUUGUGUUUUCUUGUCAGCCACCUCCCAUCUUUCCCUCUAUUUCAAAUGCAAAAUGAAGACCUAACUUCGCAGGCAAGGCUGGCUCACCUCUGAGGCAGGUGUUUUGUUUUGCUUUUUAAACCUGGAGAGUCAACUCAGACUGGAUGGAUGCUCCCAUGGAAGCUUCAAUUUAUAAAGACUAAGCACCGAGUGUGGAUCUCAGUUCAUUUGCUUCUGAGAAAGUGACAGAGCCAGCCGGCUUCUGAGCUGGCCAGAUGAUGAGAGUAGAGACAGGGAGUUAGUAGGGCAAAAGAUUGACAUAUGUAUCUAUCAGGUACAGUGGUGGAUAGAUUAUUUGAAGAUGGCUGCAAUAGGUCAACACUGGUAAGAUUGUCAGCUUGUUCUUGGGUAGUAUUCAUGGCAACCUAGAAGAUGAGUGGCUGGCUCACUAUACAGCCUUACCACAUAUUGCUAGGGACAGCAACUACCUGAAAGGACAAAAGGGGGUGUGUGUGAGGGGAAAAAUAAAAUUGAACAAAAAAUGUUUUUACUUCAUUCAUCCUGAGAGCAUUUUUAUUUGCCACAGACAGGUGUAUGUUUGCAAUCUUAUUUCAAAAAGGUCAGAGUUUUGGCAGUGGCCACAUGUUCUGCCUUGCGGCUCAGAAAGGCUUUGUCUUCAUCUGGAGGUAACAGCUGUCUUGUUUGCAGACAGAGGAUUCAUCCAGUGCACAUGCCAACUGACCAGAAGUGAGAGGGAUACCAAGUUUCCAAGUGGCUGCAGUACAGUAUUUUUGUG